UGCCUCCUGUUUCUCUUUCUCCCUAUAAAAAUGACCCUCCAAAACUCCUUGAAGGCAACAAUCACCAACAUCGAGAACUUCCUUCAUCUCCAUUCUUUGCCUCUUUCUCUCCUUUUCAAAUCUGAAAGAAAAAGAAAAAUCAAGUUCCUCUCUUCCAUAUAAUACAAAGAAUUAACCAAAGUCAUGAGGUCUUCUGUUGGACUUGCAAAGCCAUGCACAGUCCCACCCACUAGAGACAUGACAUUGGAGUGCUGCACUCUCACUCAACCCAUAAAACUCAAUAAAAAGUUCUUACAAAAUCAACCUCUAAAAAAUUGGGAAGGCUUGCUUGACCAUGAAUCGGCGACUGCAUCCCGGCCAGUUAAACUAAGACGGAAAUGGAUGGAGUAUCAAGGUAUUCGAAACUGGGAAGGUUUGCUUGACCCUCUUGAUGAUAAUUUACGUGGAGAAAUUCUUCGGUAUGGGCACUUUGUCGAUGCUGCAUAUAAGUCUUUUGACUUCGAUCCUUCAUCACCCGCCUAUGCAACCUGCCGGUUCCCAAAGAGCACAUUGUUUGAACGGUGCGGCAAACCGGAUACUGGUUACCGGCUAACCAAACAUCUACGUGCAACAUCGGGAAUCCAAAUCCCACGUUGGAUUGAAAAGGCACCUAGUUGGGUGUUUACCCAGUCCAGUUGGAUUGGAUACGUCGCCGUUUCUCUAAACAAGGCAGAAAUAGCGAGGCUAGGACGCCGAGACGUGGUGAUUGCCUUUAGAGGUACUGCCACUUGCCUUGAAUGGCUGGAGAAUCUUAGAGCAACCCUGACUCAACUUCCAAAUUCAGAUUGUGGCAAAAAAAGCUCGGACGAUUGUGGACCCAUGGUAGAAAGCGGAUUUUUGAGCCUGUACACUUCAGGAACACCAAUGGGUCCUAGCUUACAAGAAAUGGUGCGUCAAGAGAUCAAAAGGCUACUCCAUACUUAUGGUGAUGAACCUCUUAGCUUAACCAUUACAGGACACAGUCUUGGAGCUGCACUUGCGACUCUUGCUGCUUAUGACAUCAAGACUACAUUCAACUGUGCGCCACUUGUGACUGUCAUUUCUUUCGGAGGUCCGCGUGUCGGUAACAGGAGUUUCAGACGACACCUGGAAAAACAAGGAACGAAAGUGCUGCGUAUUGUAAAUUCAGAUGAUGUGAUAACAAAAGUACCUGGAUUUGUAAUUGAUGGGGAGAACAAUGUGCCAAAUAAAGGAGACCUCAAUAUGGCAAGCUUGCCUAGUUGGAUCCAAAAAAAGGUGGAGGACACACAAUGGGUCUAUGCAGAAGUUGGCAGGGAGCUAAGACUUAGUAGCAAGGAUUCUCCAUAUCUCAAUAGCAUCAAUGUAGCAGCAUGUCAUGAUUUGAAGACUUACCUGCAUCUGGUGAAUGGAUUUGUAAGCUCCUCCUGUCCUUUUAGAGCAAAAGCAAAACGAUUUUUUCAUAGUAACCACCGUCGAUAAAAUAAACAACCACGACGACAAUAAUAAUAAUAAAAGAACGAGUGGCCUAUGGAAGCUAGGGUUUAGGAUAUCAGUACAUAAAUUAAAUAAUACUUUGUUAUGGGAAGGUAGGAUGAAAUAUUCAUUUUUUCCCCAUAGUUGGCAUUACCCGCCAAAUGCGGGGGUGGGCAUUGCCAUUCUUUGUUAACAGAAGUUGAAAAUUGAAUCCACAUUGAUUUCCCUUCCCUGAAACUAAAAUGCAUAUUUCAUCAAUUUCCUUGCCUCCUUUUAAUCGGGCUUGGUGGAUCAUUUCUUCCCCUUUUCUUUCU